CGGCGGCAGAGCCGGGGCAGCGACAAGCCCGCCGGUUCCCGCGUCUGUUCGGUUCAUCCUUUCCUUUCUAGGACGUGGCGGGCAUCCUCUGCCUGUUUUCUGUGGCGGCCGCGCUGGAUUUCAAGUACCACCACGCCGAGGAGCUGGAGGCGUACCUGAAGGAGGUUCAUGCCGCCUACCCCUCCUUCACCCACUUGCACAGCAUCGGGCGGUCGGUGGAAGGUUAGUUUCAGGAGUCCUGGCGCGGUACAAAAAUAGAAUGAGAAGGUUAUACAUAGUCCACUGUACUUUGAGGUAGAGACCUGUGGGUUCUUGUUCUGGGGAGGUUUCCAACCCAUCAUAAGAUUGGCAUUCCAGAGUUCAAGUAUGUUGCUAAUAUGCAUGGGGAUGAGACUGUUGGGAGAGAAAUCCUGCUCCAUUUGAUAGACUUCCUGGUGACCAGCUAUAGACGUGACCCAGUUAUUACCCGGUUACUCAAUAAUACCCGGAUUCAUAUCAUGCCAACAAUGAAUCCUGAUGGAUUUGAAGCUACAAAAGUGCCUGAUUGUUACUACACGCCAGGAAGGUACAAUAAGAACGGAGAAGAUCUGAACAGAAAUUUCCCUGAUGCCUUUGAAAGUAACAAUGCUAGCAUUCAGCCAGAGACUCAAGCAGUAAUGGACUGGAUAAAAAAUGAAACGUUUGUUCUUUCGGCAAACUUGCACGGGGGUGCCCUGGUUGCCAGUUACACCUUUGAUAAUGGUAACUCAGUUACCGGCUCUUUGAAAGGCUAUAGCAGGUCUCCAGAUGAUGAUGUCUUUAUUCAUCUGGCAAAAACUUAUUCUUUCAACCAUGCCAGCAUGUACAAAGGGAUUGGGUGUGACAACAGACAAACCUUUCCGGAAGGCAUUACCAAUGGGUAUUCUUGGUACCAGCUGGAAGGUGGAAUGCAAGAUUACAACUACAUCUGGGGACAAUGUUUUGAAAUUACAUUGGAGCUGUCAUGCUGUAAAUAUCCUCCAGCAAACCAGCUGGAAAAGUUUUGGAGAGACAACAAAGCUGCUCUGAUCGAAUAUAUGAAACAAGUACAUCUAGGUGUCAAGGGUCAAGUUACUGGUAAGAAUGGGACUCCUAUUCCCAAUGCCAUCGUGGAAGCCAAAGGAAGGGCUCAUGUCUGCCCCUACAGAACAAAUCAACAAGGGGAAUACUUUCUUCUCCUCCUGCCUGGGACGUAUGUCAUCAAUGCUACUGUACCAGGAUUUAAAUCAAUGCUGAAGACAGUGGAAAUUCCUGACAAUACUGGUAACUUCAGUGCUUUGAAACAGGACUUCUUUUUCUCAGAAGUCUCUAUCAAACCAGAAGUGCCUUCAUGCCCCAAAAUUCCCCUCUACCAAGAGCUCGAUCGGGCAUCAGCUGCAGUAAAACCAACUCUACAUAUCUUGGGUUUAAUGACUGUUAUGCUUGUGAUCUUCAAAUAAAGUCAGGACUGAUGUGACAUGGCAGGGCAAAACCUUCCUGCACAAAUGUGGCUUUUCAGACAAGGAAUUUUAUAUGCAAAAAAAAUGUAUGUUUUUAUAAACCAAAUUCUCAGAUUUACAAUCUUUAUUGUAUUUUGUAAAAUACUGGCCCAACAAUCAAAUGUUUUAAUUAUACUACUGUAUUUUUCUACAUAAGUAUUUUACUCUAAAGAAAUUAUGUAUAGCCAAGGGAGAGAACUAUAGAAUUUUGAUGCAGAAGGUACAAAUACAUUCUGAAGAAUUCACCCGAGUUAAAAAAAGUCCAGGGUUGAAUUGCCAGUUUUUCAUGCAAGCUCAGGUUCCUCAUUGAGCCACCAGCUCAUGUGCCACACAACUGUAAGCAAUUAGCUCAGUCCCAACUUCUCAUAAUAAAGCCACUGCUAUAAAUGAGGAAUGACAUUUUUACGUAUGCUCUUUCUCACCUGGACAGACCAGCCUCCUCAGGGCUUAAAUAAGGUAAAGACCAGUAACGCAGACACAUUGAGAGGCAGAAAGAUGGAAAAGAUGUGUAAGCAUGGGCUGAAGGGCCAUGUGGCUGGAAGCUUGAUGAUUAUCUGUGCCAUUAGGCAAAGAGAGUGAGUCAGGUCUCUGGAAAUGGUGGUCCCCUAAGACAGAGCUGCUGAAAACAGUCAUCAAUAGUUUUAGACCAUUGCUGCUAUCCAUUUUUUACUGAAUUUGGUACAGACAGAACUGCAUCCAAUUCAGAUUUUUUUAAACAGAGUAGUUUCAGCAGCAACUUUAGCAUGUGCAAGUAUGUUACACAGCACUGCUACUAGACAGUUUGGACCGUGUCUAGCACACAUGCUGGAAGCCGCAGCGAGGCACAGACCUGAUCCUGGCUUCAGUGACAGCUCAACUACCCCUGCAGAAAACCAAGUAGCAGAACUUCUGACAAUCAAGUCAUUGAGCACCAAGGAGUAUAUAAACAAAUCUUUAUUUAAAGCUUUUAAAUGCAACAUAGUAUUUAGUUUCCUCAGAAAAGGAAAAACUAAAAACUGAAAGACAAACACAAUACACAUGAAAAUUCUUCUCAGAAAUGGAUCUAUGCUCUGUGCAAUUUAAGUGGAGGGCUGUAGUUGAAUGGUCGCUGACUGUGGUAGUACGUGCUCUGGGUACCGGGAAGGGAUGCACCAUGACACGUUCUUGAAAGCGUGUUCAGCUAGUAGUGGCAAGAUUGCAUAGUUAUUUAAAUUCACUAUAAUCUAGUCCAUUUAAUGGUCAAUCCAGCUACAUGUAGUCAGACAACAAUGUGAGACUCUGCUUUUGGAAAAGCUAUUUGGUACGGUCAUGUUGAUGGCCAUUAAAUUAGCUCAAAACCAAGAACUGUCCUUUAAAAUCAGGCUCUUGAGUUAAAGCAAUGUCUACUCAAAAGGUGGAGUAUCACCAACAAAUUUUUACAUGUAGAAUAGAUAUACACACACUAUAGCAAGGCAUUCACUUGAAGCUUUCAGUGCAUCUGUGCUAAAUUAAAAAAAAAAAAGCACACAUUAGUUAAAAGCAACAAUUUUUCACAUUCACUAAGUGCAAUCCAUUGUUAAAAGAUACCAUAAGCCCAGGUUUCAGGGUGGGGGUUUUUGUUUUGUUUUAUACUGCUUGCACAACCUUUAAACAACAACUAACUCAAGCUAAGACUGACUCAGGGAUGGACGAGCUGGGGAAGUGCCCUUAGUAGGCAAUGCUCCUGGAACAGACACCCGCCAGCUGGGAGAGCCAAGCGCUGGACAUACAAUAAUGCCGGAGCCGUGCAUUAAGAGUACAAACGUGCUACGUAACGCGCUUUAUUAAGUACACGGGUGACCCUACAGACACUGGAAGCCUGCACCCACCUGCCGGCACUGGGAGCGACCAAGAGAGCUCAGAAGAGGUACAAACCCCUACACCUGCACACCUUCAACGCUCUUUCCCACAGCAAAUGUCCCUUUUUAGGCCGAGUGUUGCACAACAAAAUGUCCCAUCUUCCUGGGAAGACUGCUGCCCCACAGUACAUGUGGCAAGUUAACAUGUGGAAUAAAUUAACUGCUUUAAGGUGAUAAACUCUACCUCCUAGUUACACCCUAACACAACAGCAGCUUUAGGUUAAGGUGGAGAAGAACAGUUCUUCACCCCUCUAUUAGUCCUACAUUACUCAUUUAUUCAGUUUCAUUAUGCUUCUAGUAAUUUUCUCAUCUCUGUUUUAUAAGAACACAAUUUUCUGAAACAAUUAUUCUUGCUGAUGCUCUCUGUAAGAACGAGGAAUUGUUUUUCUCUCAUAUUAGUCUUUAAGGGGAAAAAUCUGCCUGAGUCUGGCAUGUGGCUUCACACCCACACAGACAGACAUUUUGGAGACAGUGACAUUUAAACAAAUUCACAGCAAACAGAACUCGGUGAUAAAAAAUUGUACCACACUGUUAGAAUAAACGCAAUGCUCUUCAUCAAUUAAAAUUUUGUAGCACUUUUUUCCCUUUUCUAAAUCAACCUGCCAACUGACAUGGCAGCCACUGCCCCUGGCCCAGAUUUCAUCCCAUGCGCUCGUUAGGAACGCAACACUAAAACAACAUUCAAGGGGUGCUGCUCAAAAAAAGCAUCAUCUUUUGCAGCGUGAAUGUUCAAAAUAAUCAGGAACGCAGCUACGUCUGCUUCAGCUGUGCAAGUUUUUUAAAGGACAAAAGCAGCAGGCUUCAUAACUAAUAAAUCUUAAGGGAAGACUCAGUACUAAAGGUUCUCAAGUAUUUUAAUAUUUGACACUUCUAGCCUUUUUGAGAAAUGUCAGACACUGAAACAAAGCAAUUUUGCCUUAAGUAAGUACUUCACUUCCCUGGGCCAAGAGUUGAAUUUCAAUCCUAAUAAAUAGCUACAUAGUGAAAAAGUUUUAUUU